ACAAAAUCCGUAAAUUCCCGUUCUCGUUCUGUUCCUCUCUCUCUCUCUAGGUUUCUGUAUUUUCUUGUUUGUCGCAUUUUUUUCCUAUCUCUGUAAGGCCGGCGAUCUCUAUCUCCGUCGGCGAACAAACAAUGGGAGUCCCGGCGUUUUAUCGGUGGUUGGCGGAGAAGUAUCCGUUGAUAGUGGUGGAUGUCGUCGAGGAAGAGCCCGUCGUCAUCGAAGGCGUGAAAAUCCCGGUGGACACCAGUAAACCCAACCCUAAUGAUCUCGAGUACGAUAAUCUCUAUCUCGACAUGAACGGGAUUAUCCAUCCUUGCUUCCAUCCCGAGGAUAGGCCUUCUCCGACUACCUUUGAAGAGGUGUUUCAGUGUAUGUUCGACUACAUAGAUAGACUAUUUGUGAUGGUGCGGCCCCGUAAAUUACUAUAUAUGGCUAUAGAUGGUGUUGCCCCGAGGGCUAAAAUGAAUCAACAGCGGUCUAGACGGUUUAGAUCAGCUAAAGAUGCAUCCGAUGCGGCAGCUGAAGAAGAACGAUUGCGAGAGGAAUUCGAGAGGGAAGGGAGAAAGCUCCCACCUAAAGUGGACUCUCAAGUGUUUGACUCUAAUGUGAUUACACCUGGAACAGAUUUCAUGGCUGUUCUUUCCAUUGCAUUGCAGUAUUAUAUACACCUUAGAAUAAAUUAUGAUCCUGGUUGGAAAAAUAUUAAGGUCAUUCUUUCAGAUGCAAAUGUUCCUGGUGAAGGAGAGCAUAAAAUUAUGUCAUACAUCCGUCUUCAAAGAAAUCUUCCUGGUUAUGAUCCAAAUACCAGACAUUGUCUGUAUGGAUUGGACGCCGAUUUGAUUAUGUUGGCUUUGGCAACACACGAAGUUCAUUUUUCAAUACUUAGAGAGGUGGUCUUUACGCCUGGACAGCAAGAUAAAUGUUUCUUAUGUGGACAAAUGGGCCAUUUAGCUGCAGACUGUGAAGGAAAAGCAAAGAGGAAAGCAGGAGAGUUUGAUGAGAAAGGUGAUGCAAACGGUGUGGUAAAAAAGCCUUAUCAGUUUCUUCAUGUGUGGACGCUUAGGGAGUACUUGGAGCAUGAGAUGAGGAUUCCUAACCCUCCAUUCGAGCUUGAUCUAGAGCGUAUUGUGGAUGAUUUUAUCUUCAUAUGUUUCUUCGUGGGCAACGAUUUCUUACCACAUAUGCCGACCUUGGAGAUUCGUGAGGGUGCGCUCAACUUGCUGAUGGCUGUCUACAAGAAGGAAUUUAGGUCUUUGGGAGGUUAUUUGACUAAUGGAUGCAAGCCCAAUUUGAAGAGAGUGGAGCACUUUAUUCAGGCUGUCGGAUCCUUUGAAGAUAAGAUAUUUCAGAAAAGAGCCAGGUUACAUCAGAGACAAGCAGAAAGAAUAAAGCGAGAAAAAGUUCAAACAAAAAGAUUGGAUGAUGCAGCGCCAACAGUUCAACCAGAUACUAUUGUUCCAGUUGCUAGAUUUCAUGGUUCUCGGCUUGCUUCCGCUCCUACUCCUUCACCAUUUCAGUCAAAUGAUGGCAUCUCUCCUCCGCCCCAGAAAGUUCGACGUCUAUCUUCAGGGUCCAGUAUCGGUGCUGCCAUUGUUGAUGUAGAGAACAGUCUUGAAUCUGAUGAAAACGAGAACAAAGAAGCACUAAAAACAAAGCUUAAGGACUUGCUUCGGGAGAAAUCUGAUGCGUUCAACUCUGAGACUCCUGAAGAAGACAAGGUGAAGCUAGGGGAACCAGGGUGGAGAGAAAGAUAUUAUGAAGAGAAAUUCUCAGCAAAGACACCUGAAGAAAUGGAAAGAAUACGAAAGGACGUUGUUUUGAAGUACACAGAAGGCCUUUGUUGGGUCAUGCAUUACUACUAUGAAGGCGUUUGCUCCUGGCAGUGGUUUUACCCAUACCAUUAUGCGCCAUUUGCUUCUGAUCUGAAGGAUCUUGGGGAGCUGGAUAUAAAGUUCAAACUAGGGACUCCUUUUAAGCCUUUCAAUCAACUUCUAGGCGUAUUCCCAGCUGCAAGUUCACAUGCCCUUCCGGAGCACUAUAGGACCUUGAUGAUGGAUCCCGUUUCGCCUAUCAUUGAUUUUUACCCAACUGAUUUUGAAGUUGACAUGAACGGAAAGCGUUACUCCUGGCAGGGUAUUGCGAAACUGCCUUUCAUCGAUGAAAGUCGUCUUCUAGCUGCUGUUGCAGAAGUGGAAGACACAUUGACGGAGGAAGAAAAGCGCAGAAACAGUAUCAUGUUCGACUUGCUUUUUAUAGCAACGUCUCAUCCACUGGCUGAACUCAUUUUUUCCCUCGACAACCAGUGUCGCCAGUUGACUGCCAAGGAGAAAGUAGACGUCAAGGUUAAGAUUAGACCUGAGCUCAGUGACGGUAUGAACGGCUAUUUGACUCCUUGUUCAGGAGAGACUCACCCGCCAAUAUUUAGAGCCCCGGUUCAGGGCAUGGAAGAUAUCUUGGCCAAUGAAGUCAUAUGUGCGAUAUACAGACUCCCAGAUGCACAUCAACACAUAACAAGGCCACCUCCUGGUGUCAUCUUUCCAAAGAAGAUUGUCCAAUUAGGAGAUUUAAAACCGGAACCGGUUCUGUGGCAUGAGGAUUCUGGAAGAAGACCAAUGAAUCGAGACAGGCAGAACCAUCCUGGAAGCGUCUCUGGCCGCCAUCUUGGAGAGGCAGCACAUCGAUUUGUCGCUAACAGCUUACAGUUGAGAGGAGAUCGUAACGGAUAUCAUACAACAGAUAUGCAUGCUCAGCAUCCGGGUUACAAUUACAUCCCUCCAUAUAUACCGACCUCUCCUUCCUACCAGAACUAUGGUCAUAUGUCACGGCAGCAGCCAGCUCUAGGGCCUGCUCACAUGGGUCCACCGAUGAUGCAGGCCCCAUAUGCCCACCAUGGUUAUGCUCAACCACAACCACUUUACCCGAAUCAACCAACGCAUUUAUCGGCUAGGGCCGAUGAAUACGACUAUCCUUUAUCCCGUCAAGGUGCGUACCAACCACGAGAAGGUGGUGGUGGGCAACAGCAAAUUGGUGGGAGGUUCUCGUCACAGCCUCAUCACGAUGUCCCUCGGGUAGGUCACCAUGACUCUAGGGGUUAUGCUGAUAACCCAAGAGACUAUCAUCAUCAUGAUCGACAAGGUGGGAGCGAUAAUAACUCGCGAGGAUUUGACUAUCGUCAUCAUCAGCAAGGACAGGGAGGGAGUGAUAGCUCCCGGGGGUAUGGUGAUUACCGUCGGGAACCCAGAGGAGGAGGAGGAUACCAUCGAGGCAGGAACUCGUUUUCUGGUGCGAGAUAGGAAUAGAUUAUCAAGCCUAACAGGAUAUUUACCCGCAGUAGCUACGCCUGGGCGGGUCCAUUAGUUUUCAACAUUUCGAGCGUCCUUACGUUAUCAGAGGUGAUUUUUUUUUUUAAAAAAAAUUCUCUUCCUAUAUGUUGUGUUGUACCAGUAAUAGUUUUCGUACUGUUUGGCAAAAGGAACAAUAAAUAGUUCAUCAAACGUGUACUAGGAGAGUGAAAUUGGUGUAAGAAUUAUAGGUUCGUAUUUUAUUAUUCUUCGUUAUCCUUUCUUAUCA